CUGAAAGGGGUAAGAGCCUCUGAGACAACGCCCGACGCGUAAAAGUUUUCCCAAUUUACGCGUACGAAAAUCUCUUCCUCACUAUGUAAUUUUUUCUUUUUUGUUCUCUCAAAUUACGCGCAUGGAAAGAGCCCUUCGUAUUUUCUAUGCUGUUGGAAUUUCUCCCUUACAAGGAUUUUUUUAGUUGUUGUUGAUUGGAAAGGAUUUUAUACAUCAACUUGUAUUUUUUGUUUCAAUUGAGCUGUUUCACCUUGCCGUGUUUGACAUUUUUCAUCUCAGGCCCACAGUUCACGUACAUUUCUGAGAGGACUGGACGUUGUUUCAACCUUUUUGCUUGGAGAUUAUUACCGUUAGUCCCCGUUCUUCCUCUGCCACCUCAAGACACAUUGAAAACACUGCCAGACAGGUGAGAAGGCACUGUCUGUGUAUUUUCCAUACUGACAAGUGAUCACAGGCCCUUCCCACACGGUGAACAAUGAAGCAAACCCUCUCGCAGGCCUCCCUUGAUACGAUGAGCUAUACCAGCGAUAACAACACUGAAAGCGCAGCGUUUUCCUCUACGCCAACAACGUCGCAUUCGUCUCCAGAGCCCUAUCCUCAGGGCACGGUCAAGGGCAUGUCGAAUGAGACGCUGUCCAAGGGCUCUGCCACCGUUGCUAACGAGCCACGGCACAACUACCAGGACGUUUCUCCAGACUUACUCCAGAAUGGCUUCUACAACUCGCAAUCGCUCAAGGACCAUGCAAAGACCAUCCGCAAAUCACUGGUGAUGUCGGACUCGAUGGCGUCUGUUGCUAUACACGACCAUGACUACGGCCGAGGCGAGAAGACUGGGAUCGCAAUGACGAACUCACCAAGCUUCAGUGCGUUGGCCAGCAUCCUGGAGAAGAAGCAGGUGAGGGCCGUCAAGCCAAAGACAGUGCUGUCGCCAAAUCUGAUUGAAUUAGAUGAGGAUGAGGAUGCGAAUGAUACGACUACUCCAACUAUCAAACAACAAGAACCAGUAUACGACGAUGACGACAUCUUCAAGACUCCAGAGGUUAAACAGCAGAAGGCCUUCCCUCCUCAACCGCUUACAGAGCCUCUGCCAAGAGUUGAUGAAGGACAGGAGGAGGCACAUGAUGACGUUGAAGACGAUUCUCCAAACCUCAAAGUUUUGUCGACGAGUCCAGAGAAGCCAGCUAUGGAUAAAGAGCUUCCUUCCUUACAACGUCCUGCGAUGAUAGUGUCGAGCGAUCCAACGUCGCUCCAGGCUUCCCAACACCAACACAUCAUCAACAACUACAAGGUGAGAAGCACGUCACAACAAGUUGUACAGGAUCAUCAGCCUAAGUCCACUCCCAAACAGACACCAGGGCUUGGACAGCAUUACUCGAAGAGAGCAAGCUCCAUGCCUGUACUGGUAGAUUCACAGGCACACAAUAAAUCACACGAGAAGAAGCGUUCAUUGCUCUCGUUCUUCAAGAAGAGAUCUGUCUCAGGCACCGAUGUUCCACACGUUAAUAAGCAGCAACAGCACCAACAGCACCAACCUCAGGUUAAAAAGAUGGCGUCGUCGCAGUCCUUCCAGAUUCAAAGCCCACAGGCUCAGGCACAGCAACCACGAGCAGCACAACGGUCAACAUCCUCAACAUCUGUAUUCUCUGCUUUCAGAAGAUCCAAGAAGCCAACGUUUGAAAUUGUGGAAGAGCCUCAAUUUGCUUAUAAACAACAAGAGCAGACGAAUGGUGUGGAUGAAGAUGCAUUCACAAAGGAGCCUUCUGACGAUAAUGCAUCGUUCUCAUCUGAUGAGGGGUUUAACGAAGACUUCAACAAGCUGAAAGUUGAAGCGAUGGAUAAAUCCACUCUAGAGCCAUUAUCAAAUGCUGAACUGGAGAAAGAUUAUGAGACAAAACGAUCCUCUCAAAUAUCACAAGGCGAGACUCUAUUCCCAAGAAAAUUGUCUGCCCAUGAUGUGGAAUCAAUAGUGUCAUUGGAACGUAACAGAUCGCAGAGUCGUCACUCAAUCAUCUCUCGUCGUCAUUCUCAAAGCUCGAGCAGACCAUUGUCACUUGUGGAAGCCAUUGAAUCAAACGCAAGGGAAGCUGGCAUGCACAUUGAACAGGGUAUUCUAAGACCACCUUCAACAUAUUCUUUAUCAACAAGUACUCAGCAGAGUCCGAAGAUCCUGGAUGCUCAAGAAGGAUAUAACGACGACGGUGAUGAUGAUUCCUUUCACUUUGAGGAUUUCUCAAAUGCCUUGGAAUUUGAUGACAUUGCUGAUCAAUACAUUGCCGAUAACAAAGUCAAUGAUGGUAAUGAAAGCUCUUACGAUGAUAAUGACGUCUCAGACCUCCUGGAAUUUUCAGAAUUCAUCGACUUUGGUGGUGAUUUGGAACUGAACUUUGAUCUUGAUGACGAUUCCACUCCACUGUCACAACCUCCUCUCAACUCCAGCUCUUUAUCUGCCGUUGGUACUGAUGCACACUCAUUCCAAUCGCCAGCGUCUCUCCAAUCUGCCAGAUUCAGCAACAAAGCUGUACAAUCCCCAAAUACAUCACCUUUCAUCCCAGACUCUGCCUUUGUUCCGUCCAUGAGUCGUCCGAUUUCAAUGUCAUUCCGUGGCUUAAAGGCCCCAACACUGAACAGAUAUCAAGACUCUGGAUCAACACAGUCAUUCGGGUCCUCAAAUGCACCAUCUGUGAACAAAGGCUCAAAAACUGUUGAAUUUUCUAGCAAAAUUACACUGUACGAUGUAUACGCAGAGGACGAAUAUGAUAGAAAACCUGACAUUGCAACUUGCAACCAACUCACUCCACAAUUGGCGCAAAGAAUCAGAGUAGAGCUGAAUGAAUUGAAGAGUGAAAUGGAAGUCCAUGAGGAUUCAAGAUGUUACACGCAUUUCUUCUAGCGUUGAAUUACAAUGUUCUUAAUGAUUUCUAGGGCAAGACGCUCGCUAA